AAAGAUUAUGUCCCGGACGAAUGGAACAGCCGGCGGAUGCAUCCUCGUAUUUCAUUGGUCGACGUUCAGCAGGGGUACCGAGAAAGGGACCAGUCGUCUGCGGCGGUACCGACGCCAUGUCUCGGCGAAAACAGCCCAAUCCCAAGCCCUUAAAAGUUGGUGAGGAGGACCUUCUGUCAGAUGAUGAUGAUGAUGAUGAGCUGGUUAUCUUUGAGGACUCCUCUGAUGGGGAAGAUGACACACAGGACGAGUUUGACAGUGGGGACAUGGAACUUCAUACUGCACAGGGGUCAGAAGAGGAAAACCAAGACAUUGUCAAGGAAGAAAUUCUAGAAGGGCGCUCAACUUAUAGAAGAUUAAGACCCAAGAGGAAAUGUACAACUUGGAGCAUUCCACCUGAAGACGGACAGGAGGAGGCAGCCUCGAAAAAACUUAAGACUGGGGAGCUGUUCCCUUGUCCCACCUGCAGCAAGGGCUUCAAGACACCGAGCGAGAUGCAGAUUCACAUGAGGAAACACACAGGAGAGAAGCCAUUUUGCUGCCCUUUCUGCAACAAGGCGUACCCCCGGCGGAAAACAAUGUACCGCCACAUCCGUGAGCAUCACCCUGACCAGUGGCAACGGGGACGCUUCCCAGGGAGGUUUUAUCAUGCUGCCAUCAACAAAGCCAUAGAGGACACCCUGAGACAGGACAAUACAUCUGCACUGGGUGCUGCACCUGGUACUGACAGCUCAGCUGUCUCGGGAACAGAUAACCAAAGUAAGAUGUCACAGCUAACUAUCAAGCAGGAGCCAACCACUCCACCAAUGACUCCGGGUAAAAAAUCACCUUUAGAUAGCACCUGUGGAAAGUACAAGAGGAUUGCUCCGGCCCCCCUAAAGCCUCAGCUUGCUGUUGUUCAACAGAUGCCAGUGUCAACACCGCUGGGAGUGAAGCAGCAGUUCUUCCUGGUGAACCCACAGACAGGGGUGAUUAUUCCCAUCAACAUGCCCCCAAACACCAACCUACAAUCAGGAGUGGCUGUCCCUAUGAACCCACAAUCAGGAGUUGCUAGUCCAAUCAAUCCACAGUCAGGAAUAGCUGUUCCCGUCAACCAACAGUCAGGAAUAGCUGUCCCCGUCAACCAACAGUCAGGAGUGGCUACACCCAUUAACCAACAGUCAGGAAUAGCUGUCCCUGUCAACCAACAGUCAGGAAUUGCUAGCCCAGUCAAUCCACAGUCAGCAAUAGCUGUCCCCAUUAACCAACAGCCAGGAAUUGCUGUCCCCACCAACCAACAGUCAGGAAUAGCUGUCCCCAUCAACCAACAGUCAGGAAUAGCUGUCCCCAUUAACCAACAGUCAGGAGUGGCUGUCCCCAUCAGCCAACAGUCAGGAAUAGCUGUCCCCACCAACCAACAGUCAGGAAUAGCUGUCCCCACCAACCAACAGUCAGGAAUAGCUGUCCCCAUCAAUGCACAGUCUGGAGUGACUGUACCUUUGAACCCACAAGCAGGAGUUGCUGUCCCCACCAAUAUCACUGCAAACACCAACCCACAGUCAGGAGUCACUGUCCCCAUCAAUGUGCCCACAAAUACCACCCCACAGUCAGGGGUGCCUAUCCCCAUGAACCCACAGCCUGGACUGGCUGUCCCUAUCAACCUUGCCACAAACAUCAACCAACAGUCAGGAGUAGCUGUUCCCACCAACCUCCCUAUGAACACAAACCCACAAUCAGGAGUGAUUGUCCCCAGCAACUUCAGCACAAACACCAAUCCACAGUCAGGAAUAGUUGUCCCCAUCAACCUUGGCACAAACACCAACCCACAAUCAGGAAUAGCUGUCCCCAUUAAUGCACAGUCAGGAGUUGCAUUCCCUGUUGCCAUGGUAGCCAACCAACAGAACAUUGUGCAGACUUCCUUCUCACCUGUUGCCAUGCCAACUAAUCCACAGGCUGUUGUACAGACUUCUGCAUUCCCCAUUGCCAUGCCUACCAAUCCACAGGCUGUUGUGCAGACUGCUUCACCAUCUGUUUGCUUGCCUACCAAUCCACAGGCUGUUGUGCAAACUGCUUCACCAUCUGUUGCUAUGCCAACCAAUCAACAAGUGCAGACUGCUUCACCAUCUGUUGCCAUGCCAACCAAUCCACAGAGUCUUGUGCAAUCUUCUUCAUCACCUGUUGCCAUGCCAACCAAUCCACAAAUGAUUCUUCAGACUUCCUCAUCACCUGUUGCCAUGCCAACAGCAGGAUUGGCAUCCUUAACUCAGGCAACACCAACGCAGACAUGUAAAACUCCUACAACUUCUGUAGCCCAGCGCCCUGUUGUGACUGUGACGCCGUCUUCAGUUGCGGCUCUUAAUCAACAAGCAAUUGUUGCCAUGGCAACAGCAUCACUUCCAUCCCAACAAGCAAUGCCCAAUGUUGUCAUGACAACACUACCUUCUUCACUCACACCACUUAACCAACCAUCGCAUGUUACUAUGACAACUGCUGCCAUGGCAACCAAUCCAACCCCACCCACUCCAGUCCUCCAGCAGGUUGUUAUGCCAAGGUUAAUCCCAGUGCAGCAACAGACCCCACAGGUUUCCAUGGUAACUGUUUCCAAGGCAACAGUACCAUCUCAGCAUGCCCCCAGAAUUCAACAAGCCAUCCUGCCAAAGGUGUUCCAGGCACAAAACCAGGGAAAAGCCAUUCCUGUAUCAGUCAUGCCACAAGCAUCUCUUCCUGCUCAAAGCUUUUCAAGUGUUGCCAUGACAGCAAGCUCACCUUCACAGGUUGCUUCGGCAACCACAGCUCCUGCCGUUCCACCUGUUACCAUGCCAACGCUGUUCCCAGUGCAGAACCAACCAGUUGCCAUUACUACAAGUACAUCUUCACAGAUCACUACGUCAACCACAGAUCCAGUCGUCCCUGCAGGUCCACCCGUUACCAUGCCAACACUGUUCCCAGUGCAGAACCAACCAACCCAGGUUGCCGUGACAACAGCAUGCCAGGCACCACUUCCUACUCCGACACUAUCGCAGGUUGCGUCAUCCCCAAAACCACUGCUGCCAAAACCAAUCCUGCCAGCGAUGACAUCAACAGCUAGAACGCCAACUCCGAUCGCACCAGUGAUCCAACAUUUUCUCAUGCCGGCACAUUCUUCGGUGGCAAGAAUUGCCAUAGCGACAUCCCCUUCUGUUUCUCCUGUUGCCAUGGCAACUCAGCCCACCACGGCUGUCACUACAAGUUCUGCAGCUUGCCUGACACCAGCAUACCAGAGGGUUCACAUCGCCACCGACGCAGCGCCACUGAUGCAACAUUUCGUUCUUGAGAAAAGUCCAAAACUACGCAGUCCUAUAAGAAAUUCAACAAAUGCAUCACCAAACCAGCCACAAACACAGAAAUUUCUGUGCCUGAGAACCUCCACAUCCCACACACACAAACUCCCUGUCUUAACACAGCAGUCGUCAGCUCCGCAAUAUGGUAUUCCCCUAUACUCAGGAGCCACACUAUCAUCCACAUCUGUGACAAACACAUUGCCUGUGCUGCAGAUACAAAACGUCGUCACUUUGACAAGUUCCCAAUCACAGGCCAUUCCUGUUCAGCUUUCCAUGGCAACAGUUGCUAGGCAACAAGCUUCCCCGGCUGUGAUGUCACCUGCCAAAGAGAGAAACAUUGGUGAAGCCUGCCAAGUCUCACAAACACUGCCGAGUCCUGGUAUAACCGAGGUGAGAAGUGGAGCCACAGAAAGCAAUGCAUGCCUUCCCAAUCUGGAUGUUGAUUCUGAUGAAUAUUUCAUUGCUGGUGGCAAGUCCAAGUCAGUCUUUCGGAAUGAAAAUGGUGAAAUAUUGAAAGUAUUGAGGAGGGAAGAUCUGAACCGUCAGCAAUCAGAAACAGGUGAGCAGAACACAGCAGCAACUCCAGAAUCACAGCAAAGCUCCACAUUUCAUCCUGUCCUUCCCGAAAUGGUCGACAGUCGCGUUAUUUCCGACUGUCCCAAGGACGAUAGGGGACAAUACAGGCCUCUAACAGUAGAAGUCCUGGAGAGAAGCAACACAUGCUCCUUGUGUGGAAGCAUGUUGAGAAGUCUGCGGUACCUCAUCAUGCAUCUCUUCAAGUUUCACCGACAAUACAAGUGCCGCCUGUGUGCUCCGAGAGUUAGCAAGACGUUUGCCUCGGAACAACUGUUGAAGGACCACCUCCUUAACAGGCACUGGCCAGUCCUUGAUCUUCCAGACGAGGAGGCCGCAAGAGGGUUACACUACCACUUCAAGAGGUCGUGCCAGGCAGUGGAGGCCGUCCGUGUGAUCGGGAACCCUCUGGAUGUCACGGAGAUCACGGGUUCUGACAUCCGGUUCAAGGACGGAAAGACGCUGAAGUACCGCGUGAACUACAACAUUCUGACUCCCGGCAGGUACAUGAACGACGGAGACAUCACCGUGAAGAGGACCAACACCAACGCUCUCAGCAUCACCUGUAUCUUCUUCCACACCAGCAGUGUUCUGAAAGGAGGGAACGCAAAGAAGGCUUACGUUGCAUCGAAAAUUGUGACGACCAGUGCAGCAGAUGGACCGUCCAUGAACUUGAUAAAGAGACGGAAUGCCCCGCCCAAUGUGGCAGUCCUUCCCAAAGGCAUGGGUUUCAAAGCCAUAUCUUCCACUCGUAAGGAGGGCGGACUAGGAACACAAACCUCGAACUUGUCAAAGUCUGAUGGAGUGAGUAGUCCAUCUCCUAAAACAGCUUCUGCAAGUUUGAGUGCCCCACAAUCGACUUUGCCUGCAUCAUGCACAACCACAUCAAAAGAUCAGUCUACAACUGAGGGCUCCUCAAGGCCUGCCAUUGCAGUCGAGUGUCAUGGCUGUGACGUCUGCGGUCAAGUCUUUUCAGAGCUUCAAGAGCUGCAGCAACAUAUGAAUGUUCACAUCGAGCUCAAGCCGUUCAAGUGCAACCUCUGUAGCCGUACGUUCCCCCAUGGAGCCACUCUCGAGGCCCACGUCAAGGCUCACUACAGGGGUGAGAUUGAGGACGAGCCAACAACGAUUCCAGCCAAUGUGAAAAUCAGCUUCUGCACGGAAUCGAAGAAAGGAGGAAGUACAAGUGAGAAAAGAAACAGGGACAGCUUAGAGGAGGAAGCAGCAACGGCAGAUUCAGAGGACGAUCCUAGCAAUGACGGUACUUAUAAUAUUUGUAGACUGUGCGGAAAAACGUACUCCAAUGGUGCAAGCCUGAUCCGUCACCUUAGGACACAUCAGGAAGGAUUUGAAAUGAGCUGUUCCAUUUGUGGCAAGGGCUUCAACCUUUCGUACCACCUCAAAGAGCACAUGAACGUCCACACCAAGACCAAACCCUACAAGUGCCACAUUUGCGGCAAGUCGUUCACCCACUCCGGCACUCUCAGUGCCCACCUAAAAAGUCACAAGAGCAGGGAGGGAAUUGUUGCAGAGUACAGUUCCUUUGGCUGUCGAUACUGCUCCGUACACUUCACGCACAUCAAGAAAUACCAGGAACACAUGAAAGAGAGGCACGGUGUGUUUGACUUCGACUUUGAGGAAGCCGAGAAAGAUAUUAUCAAGUGUAAUGCUUCCAGGGAAGACAACCCAACUCAGUCUUGCCUACAAAGUGAAAACACUGCAGAAGAAUCAGAAACUGACAAAUCUCAAGAUGUUCCUGCCAUUAAAACAGCUGUAGAAAACACUGAUCCCCUCAUAGCAGCUUCUGAAACUCAAGCUAACGCACUAUCAGCUUCAGUUGUGGCCCAAGAAGAAGAAGCUUCUUCUAGUGUUAGCACUCCUCCAUUGGAACUAAACAAACCAUUCAAAGCUUCGCGACACGCUAUACAAUACCAGACAGGAAAAACCGUUGCUGAGCUUAUCGGACUACGCAAGACCAAACCCACAGUAACAGAGACGACGUUCACAAACGUAACACAAUCUGCUGGUGAACCGCCGCCACUGGUUAUUACGCAGGCCAUAUCCUUGAGACCGUUUGUUGACAAAAUCAUUGCUGCAUCUGUUCCAGACCCGGUACACGUGGACACACCAAAUGUCACGAAGUUCAAGCCUAUUUUGCCGAAAGCAUACAUACAACCAUUAACAACUUUUCAAAUUUCACCAGGUGCAAUGCCAAAAGGCCAAAACUUUUCAAAUGAAUACAGGUGGAAAAUGAAACACUUAGAUAAAUCGUCAGAAGGCCAAAACUCUUCAAACGAGUUCACAUGGAAAAUAAAGCACUUCAAUGCUGUGCAACCCAUAGAUGAGACAGAAUCUGGUUUUAAUCAGCAGAGCCAAAUGACGAAGUUCAAGUACGGCGGUGCACAAGAACACCUGGUCGACCCGUAUCCGUGGUUCAAAUGUCGUAAGUGUGGCGUAGGAUACAGUUCCAAGCUGCACCUGAGACACCACAUCUGCGGAGCCUGUUCCAAGUACAUGAUGAAGUGUGAGGACUGCGACUUGACCUUCUUCUCCUUCCGACGACUCGAGAACCACCUGGCCAAGGAGCACCCAGAGGAGUACAAUGAAGAUUACGAGGAGUCGUCUGGAGAAAGUGAGGAAGAAGGAGAUGGUGUUGAAAUGGAAGAACAGAGGGAGCAAGAGAGCCAAGAAAGGAGGAGUAGCACGCAAGAGGAAGCCAAUAGAGAACGUGGACAGGUAGUUGUGAAGGUCGAACAGAUAGAUGAGAGUUCUAUGGAACCAACCGACCAAAGUGCUGUCAUCAAGCAGGAAGAGUUGGAAGGUCAGAAGUGGUGGUUUGAAGGUGAUGAUGAUGACCUUGAAAGAAACAAAAUGGCGGACCGUGAAGUCAAGGAAGAAGGAGAGGAUGCCAGUUUUGAAAGAGUUAGUAUUGAUGAUUUGGACAUGGAAGCAUUUGUGCAGUUUAGUGAAAGGAAGGAAAAGAGUAUUGAGGGAUGCGUAGAGCAACAAUUGGAUGAUUUUAGACCAAAAAUGAAAGCAGAAGUUCAAAGUCAGAUAUCUGACCAAUCGGAGACCAUAGUACAACACGGAAGCCAAUCAGAAAGCAGACAAGCAGUGCCUCCUCAUCCCCCUGACCAAUUAGAGCACAGCUUUCAGGAAAGAAGACAAAUGGACCAAUCACAUGCCAAGGAAGAGCCACCUUCAGUUCAUGAAAGCAAGUUUAUUGACCAAACAGACAAUGUGGUCUUGGACAUACAUGUAAUUCAAAAUAGCCAAUCAGAGACAACAGUAGAGCACAUGAGCCAACCAGAGUACAUAGAACAGAAGAAAGAUGUGGAAUCAUCAGGGAGGAAAAGUCCUCAGGUUCAGUUGUACAGAUGCAUGUUGUGUGGUUCAAAGGAAGAGAGGCUGUUGCCACCAGCAGAUUUAGCACGGCACUUGACAGAGUACCAUCAUGUGGAAAACCCAGAUGUGUUUCUCCAGGGUCCAAUGUCCUGUUUCUCCACUGGCAAAAACUAACUUUAUCCAUCUGAUACAUGUAUUUGGUUUAAAUGUUUUUGUAUUAAGAUGGGGUAUUGGUCAAAAGAAAGCUUUAGAUUGAGUUGCCAAUUGUAGCAUGUUGUGGGAUCCCAAACAAGAGGAAUUGUUAGCGUCUGUGCA